CAACGUGUAGCCAGCGUUCGUCUUCUGGAAAUACACCGUACACGUACAGUGUACAAUCGUUCCACUUAGAAGCCCAGACGGAGUCCUGACUGCUGUGUCUGUGUGGCAUUUUCAAGUUCUAGUCGAUUCUCUCCAAGUUCAACGAUUAUUAAGGCCAUUUUUUCGUUGCCCGACAAAGGAAACUAAUCGAAAUGCCUGUUCCUCCAAGUGCAAUGCAAUCAACUACCGGUGGACCACGAUCUCCAACCAAACCUGGUGCUUCCAGAACAGCAGGAAAUGUCCUUAGACAAAGGAAAACUACUGCACCCACUACAUCUGUUAGAAACCGCAACACUGGUACCAGCAGUGGUGGUAUGUGGCGUUUUUAUACGGAUGAUUCUCCUGGAAUUAAAGUGGGUCCAGUACCUGUAUUAGUCAUGUCAUUAUUGUUUAUUGCAUCAGUUUUCAUGUUACACAUUUGGGGAAAAUUCAAUAGAACUUAAUUUUUUUUUUGUUAUUUAAAUUGUAAAUAUUUGCCUACAUUCAUUCCCCGAUUAUUUUUUACAAUAUUAUUAAAUUAUUGAUCAAUACUUUUAAUAGUAUUAUUGUUGGUUAUACAAUUAAUAUAAAUGUAUUCACAACACUAAUGCUUUUCCAGAGAAUAUUUUUGAAAAGGAUUUUAUCCAUUUACUGCAGUUAGUUUUGGAGAAAAUAAAUUUUUUUUUUUACAAAUUUAAAAUUAAAUAUGAGUUGUGUGUUUAGAAGUGAUUAUUGUCCAAAUAUAAAAAUGGCAUUGACAAUACUUA